CCGGAAAGAUUUAAUGGCGGACUGUAUUUUCGCGUUGCCUUGGCAGCCGGAAACGAACUGGCUGUAUUUGUCGUUGUAUGCUCUCUAGUAAUGACGGACAUUCAGGAGACAGGUCUGCUCAAUAGAGAGGAGAAUAUUGUUGAGAUGAUAGACUUGGAUGAGGAAGAAUUUGCUGUUUCAAAAUCAUCAGGGGCAGAUGCAUUGUUUGAUACUGUCAUUGGGAACAUUGAGGAUAUCAUAAUGGAUGAUGACUUCCAGAACCUUCAGCGGUCCUUCAUGGAGAAGUAUUACCUGGAGUUUGAGGACACAGAGGAGAAUAAACUCAUUUAUACGCCAAUUUUUAAUGAAUAUAUUGAGCUCUUGGAGAAGUAUCUGGAGCAGCAAUUGAUCGAGCGGAUUCCUGGGUUUAACAUGAACGACUUUACUCAUUCACUUAAUCAACACAGAGAAGAAGUCUCAGGGGAUAUAUUUGACAUGCUGCUCACCUUUACAGAUUUCAUGGCUUUUAAAGAGAUGUUUCUUGACUACAGAGCCGAGCGAGAAGGAAGAGGGCUGGACCUCAGCACUGGCCUGGUGGUGAGGUCACUAAGAUCAUCCACUUCCACAGCAAUCACUUCCGCACCAGGAUCAGACUCUUUUUAAACCAAGAAUCACUUCAGUCUCUUACACACACACACACACACACACACACACA